CUCUCCAGUCAGCGGGGGCUCAGGGCAGUGGUAGGACUCGGCGCGCGCUGGGAAGCUGUUUCGCGUCGGCCUCAGCUGCGGAGAAUGAAUUAAAUCGGCUCUCCAGGAGCAGCAGCGGCGGGGCGCGUCUCCGGUUACGGUGCGUCUUUCUGGUUGAAUGAAAGGGAUGGCCUUCCCUGUGGAUCUCUUGGAUAACUACAGUCAUGAAGAUCUUGAGAGCUCUGGAGAGGAUUAUCUAUCUGAACUUAGGUGUGGAGAUCCAGAGAAUCCAGAAUUCCUCUCUCUUGUUGAUAAUAUCAAGGUUCCAAUUUGUUUGUCAACAGUAGGCUUCAUUCCCCUUUAUGGUGGAGAAGAAAGACACAAAGUCCUUGCUUUAUUUGCACCAGAGGAUUCACUUGCAGCUGUUGCCUUGUUCCUGGCUGAUCAGUGGUGGACUAUUGAUGAUAUUUUGAGAACAACAUCCCCUUCUAGAGAAGGACUUCUGCGGGUGAAAUCAAUUGGGGAGAGAGUGGUUCUUUAUGUGCUCAACAGAAUAAUUUAUCGUAAACAAGAAAUUGAGAAAAACGAGGUCCCAUUCCUUUGCCAUGGUAGUCAUGAUUAUGCAAAAAUUCUAUGGAAGAAAGGCAUGGCUAUUGGUUUUUAUUCUAUUAAGCUGCCAGGGAGCAUAUGUAGUGCCUUCCUUACUCAGAGCUACCAGCUUCCUGUCCUGGACACAAUGUUUGUGAGGAAGAAGCAUCAGAGCAAAGAAUUUGGGCUACUGAUGCUGGAAGAUUUUGUGGAUUCUUUCACAGAAGAUGCACUUGGCUUGCGAUUCCCUCUGACAUCUUUCAUGCACACUGCUUGCCAGAAGUACUUUGAAAGAUAUCCAGGGGAUCGUGACCUUCUGUGGGAAGUUGAAGGCAUAGGCCACUGGCACCAGCGAACACCUAUAGCUAGUGUUUUGCAGAGAGAAAGUUUAAAACACAAAGCCUUGCAAAUAGAAGCUAACACUUCCCAGAAUGAGGAACGGUUUCUGCACGCUGCCAUGGAUAACAGCCCAUCGAAUGAACAGGCAGUUGACCCCAGUGAAAUACACUUAAGUGUUGAUGCUCAUAAAAAUAAAGAUGGCUUUGAUGUAUAUGAAGGUACCUCUGAAGAACCUCUUGCUUUACCAAUUCCUACUCGAUCACGAAGCAAUAAUCUGAAACGUCCAAAAUUGGGGAAAAGAAUCCAAGAACCGGAAAUUCCUGAAGCUGAAGAUGUAAAUGCUUCUCAAACAUUGGGAAACAGAUUGGAUCCUGUUACUCAUGUAUCUGAACGUUCAGAAGAAUUGAUAGAUGAGAUGGAAGAAAAAGUAUUGGAGAGCGAGCAGGAAAAGUUAGUGGAGAAUCCAAAACAGUCAGUUCAAGAAACAACCCAGCUGUGUCUUCCACCAGGGAAGCAAGAUGAUAAAGAGGAAACUGAUGUAGAGCCGAUCAAUGGAGAGAUAAUGGAAAAUGCUAUCAAGGUAUCAAUAGUGACUGAAGGAUCAACAGCAAAUGAAAUUCUGGAUGGAGAGUCAAAGUUACAACCAGACAGUUCAGAAGAAACAACUUUAACUUUACUUGUCCCAUUAAUCCUUGAUUCUUCAGGAAAAUCCACUGAAGACAGUGAUGACAAUGUUUCAGAUAAGGUUGAGAACAUGGCAGACUCUGAAAUGCCAGCAGAAGAGGAACAGGUGACACAAAGGAAAAGAGCAAAUGCCGAUCCUGUUUCAGCAGCAGAAAAAGAAUCUUCUAAUAAUGGUCUUUCAAAUUCUGUAGCAGUGGAAUCUCCAGAAGAUGCCAUUUCUGAAAAUGUCUCUCCCAACACCACCUCUUCCUUGGAAGAGCAAAGUGAGGAGGGUGGAUCUGACUCACCAGAAGCCCCUGUUGCUCUGGGCCAGGGGGCUCUGAUGAUGGUUGAAUUGGAGGACAUCUCUUACCAGCAACAUCCAGAGGGACAAAAGAACCAAAUGGAUGAACAGUCUGAAGAGUCGGCUGAGCCAGUGUCUGAGAGAGCUGCCGACAGCAGUUCAGAAGAAGCGGAAAUUGAGGUGCCUGUAAUAGACAGGCGGACCUUACGAAGAAAAGCCAAAGGAUACAAAGGCCCACCCAAGAAAAAAGGAAAACUAAUUUGAACAGAAUUGUAGUCAACCCAAGUGGGAAUGAUUGCCAUUUUCAUUGUUUCUUUCUUCAAAGAAAAAGCUGUAAAAUUACCUAUCAUUCUAGGAUCUACAUGUAUUUAAACGUUGGAAUCAUUCCCAGUUUUUCUAUAGUCUGAUACUUAUUUUGUUGUUUAACCACUACAUAAAAAGAACCAAAUUGAGUAUGGAAGUAAAUGUCUAGUUUUGCUAAACAAUAACAGUAAUCAAAGACACUGGAAGUUAAAGUGGGGGCAGUAACUUUAAAUCAGUUAUAUUAGAGAUGUUAAGGUGCCGAACAGGUGCCACGUUGUAUUGUUAAGCUGCCUCAAGUGGCUGUUGAUUUGUAAGCCCUUAUGUACAAUAACAUAUAAUUUAUGAAGUGUCAGUCAUUUUCUUUAUCCCUAAAUGCCAUGGAAAGAUUAAUUGCACACCCAGAUGCUUUUCCAGGCUUAUCAGGGACAGAUAUUUACAAUUAAAGUUAUUUUUUUCAAACCCUGUAAUCAUUAUUUUGUAGUAAAUUUAAAAUCCUGUUUUAAGCUGAAAUAUAGAAUACCUGAUAUUAUUUGUGCUUAGUUGAGAAUACCCUUCAACUUUUCCAUGGAUACUAUAUACCCAUAUUCAAAAAAACCAAGAUUAUAUUAUCCCAACUAACCUGAAUCCUCAAUCUAAGUUGGAGUCCUCUGAUUAUUUUGCCAGUGAAUAAAACAGGUGCUUCUUUUCACAAAUGAAGCUCCUAAUAUAUGGAUAGUAAACUGAACUCCUUCACAGUAAUUGUAGGUUAGACCCUCAUAAGAACCUAUGAUUAUCAUUUUCUAUGUAUUAGAAGCUGGACAGAUUCAUAAAUGCCUUCAGUUUGAGGCAAUUUCUCUUUCAGUAUAUGUUAGUAAGAAUAUUCAUUUGAAAAGUGAAAGUUUUGAUUUUAAUCUUUUCAGAAUUGGUCUAUUUUGGCUCCCUGGUUAUACAAGCUUUCUGGCUUCUCAGUAAUGGUUCAGUUGAUUGCUUUUUUUAAAAUAACUCAUCUUGAUAAAGAAGUGCAAUUUUUUUAAAAAGCAUGUUGUGAGAAGUUCUGGUUUGGAGGUAUAUAGAGUUGCCAGGUUGUCUGGAUUUUGAGCAUGGUACACAUUUUUCUACCAGUGUACAUUUUGUAUAUUGUGGAUUAGGAGUAUUUGUGCAGAAAUCUUGGUUCUGAUAUAGAUGAAAACUUUCUAUGAAGCACAUAAAACAGCUUGUCUCUUGUACUAUUUUUUUUUGUAAAACAAAACAUUUUGACAAUUUAAGAUUAGGGCAGUUUUUGCUAUUUAAUUAGCACUAAAGUUUUUGAGAUGGACAAAGUUAGAUUACAGUCUUUGAAAGGAAACAUAAGUAUGAAUGUUAGAUGUAUUGAGCUAGAUAAACAUGUCAAGGGGCUUUAUAAUUCUUAUUCUGUAAAUCAAAAUAUUUUGUGAAGUGACUGUGUGUAUUUCUAUUAUGGCUUCUGGAUUGAUGGUGAUUUAAUACUAUAUUAAAUGUGUUUUAAAUCAGUGUGUUUUUCCCAAAUCAUAAAUUUGGCUUGUGCAUUUACAGCUAUAAAACAUUUAUUCUCAGUCUGUAAGUAAAUUGGUCUAUAGAAUAUUUAAUUGCAAAAAAGUUAUUUCUUAUAUGAGAGCUGAGUUUCUCAACCAAUCUAGGAUAUUCAAUUAUUACAAAAUCUUAAGGAAAGUUAAUCUUGAUAUCUGUGGUCCUCCCAGAAAACUUUUUGUCUAUAAACCAGAAGGAUAUUUUACUUGUAUGCACAAGUAAGAAAAACUCUCGUUUCUGCAGAAAGCAACCCACUAGCUGACAUUAACCAAGAGAUAUCACAUAUUGUUUAUAAAAAUGUACGAAGCCUGUAGCAAAGUCUGGAAGAAUUAAACUGAAUAUCAAUUUGUUAUGAAGGCAAAUAUUUAUAUGUAUUAUGUAAUCGUAAUUUGUUUUCUUCUGAUUGGAGUUAGGUGACCUCGCUUCAGUAAUAUGCUAUUUGGUGUCUAUCAGCUAGCACCUUGUAACUUUUUACAUUGCAGCUGUUAUUGAGCUAAAACCCUUAAAUUAUUAAAACUGCUGAGAACUUAGUUAAAAACAAAUUUGUAAUAAAUUAACGUGCAGUGCUGUGCAGCUUCACAAAGGAACACAUUCUCAAAGGAUUAUUGUAUUAUUUAGCUUAAAUAGGUGAAAAUGACAAUUAGGUCUGCAAAGAACAAAAUAGACCAAUUCCUGAUUAAAGUUCAUAGCAAAAGUGAAAAAGAUAUUGUACAAAAGAAAAUAAAAAAGCAGUGUUAUUCAUCUGUUUUUAGUUGCAAAAUAAGAUCUGAAGAAAGCAUGUGAACUCAACUUUGCUUUUAACUGUAUAGUUUUCUAGGAUCUCAUUAGUUAUUCAGGUUCUUACUGCUUCCAAUGUCAAGGUGUCUUUUACAUUUCAUGCACAUGUGACCAUUUUCAAGUAUAAUUUCAUGAACUGUUUUACUGUACCUAUUGCAUGAAGUAUGUAGAACCUCUUCUACAUAAACUUAAUAAAAUGUUUACCUUUUA